AUGGAGCAUGGAGAGGUGGCGAGCGCAGGGCCUGGUUUGUCCCAGGCAGCUCAGCCCCCUCGAGGGGCCCUCACUGCCUGUCCCAAUCCGCAUGCCGCGCUGACCGUGGUGGUAGAAGUGGAGCUGGGGAAGGGGUCAGGCCCUGAGGAGACCGGUAGCCCCACACUCCUUCUGGAGGGGCCCACAAACGUCUGCCUGCUUCAGCCAGGGACUCAGGAGACUCAGGAGGCAGAGCAGGAGCUGCUGGCACGUGUCCAGUCUGCACUGGGCUCCGUGGGCCGAGGGUACAGUGUGGCCCUGUUACUCCGAGGCAGGGAAACAGAGGCGCCCCGACUGGUACCUCAGCUGCUGCAGGCGCUGUUUGAAGAGGCGCUGCCCCUCGGCCGCUCUGAUCACGUGCUUAGUACUCUCAGCCUGGUGCAGCUCGGCCCCAGCGGAAGGACCCGGGACCUGCUCUCUCCAGCGGUGGAGAACCUGUCGGUGCUGGAUGUGCCCCCUCUGGGCUUGGUGGUGGAGGAUGCCAGUGAAGUGGAGGUGUCUGACUCAAGAGCUGCCUCAGAGCUGUACUUGCAGGCCACCGGGAGUGAUGGCAGAGACUGCCCCCUGCUGCAGGUGUUGGCUGGUGAGGUUGCUGGUGAGGAGGUAGAGGGCUCUCUGCCCUGGAUUAUUUCAUGGCUCCUGGAAGGAAACAACUACAGUGGCCUACUUCUUCACCUGGACCCCCAAGGUAUCUCCUUGAGUUUGCUCCAGGCUGCUCUUCUGGGGGCCUCAGGAAGGAGGAUGGAGGUGAAACAGGUGAGACCCACCCUGUGGGAUGCAGUAGAAGAGGCUCGGGCCCGCCGGGCUGGCCUGAGGACCCUACGUUUAAGCCUCCUUGAGGACACCCUGACGGACAAUGGUUUAAGCCGGCUGGGCAGGGCUCUGAGGGAGCUCCAGGUGGUAAAAGCAUGGAGCCAGUGCCCAAGAAGCCAGGUGCUGAAAGAGGCCAGAGCUGAGGGGCUGCCAGAACCACAGGCCCAGCAGGUCCCAGAUAUGGCCCUGCAGUUCUUCCUGGCCCAAGCUCGGAGGCAGAGACUGCGAGUGCAGCACCAAAUUUGGAUCCGAGAGAAGCUCAAGCAUUUGGAACAGGAGGAGGUGGCAGGUGACCAGGUCAAAGGCCUGGAGGAGGCCUGUGAGGAAAGGCAGAGAUGGCACCAGGAGCAGACAGUACUGAGACUCCAGCUGGAAGCCCUUGAGGCAGAGCGGGACGCUGCAGAGCAGGACCUGGAAGUCCUCUAUGACCUGCACGUGCAGGCCACCCGAGCUCGGACAUGCCACAUGCUGCAGGUAUUCCGAGCCUGGCAGAGGCUGUGGAAGGAGCAGGCCAUGACCACGGAGCAUCACCACCGUAGACGGCUGGCUGGCGUCCUGCAAGACACCAUCAAUCUGGCCACACAGAAUCAGGAGCUCCAAGCCCAGAACCAGCAGCUUUGGCAGGGUGCAGACUAUGCCGGGGCAGUCUUGCUGGAUCCCUGCCCUGGGGAGAAAUCUGGUGAUCAGGAAGCCUUCAGGGGAAGUUUUCUCUCUCCUCAUUCUUGA